AUGACCCUUCAAUUGGAACAGCAGACUAGUUCAGUGACUUUGGGUUUUUGGUACAUUCUUUCGUACAAGAGGUUACGAAGCUAUUCUAGCCACAAUGUUGGAGGUUUAUUACAUGUUAUCAUAACCGAAUAA